CGUGUGCAUUUCCCUUUCUCUCACCUAACUCUUGUUUUUAAAUUUAGAAGUUUUUGGGUUACAAUAAAAGCACGAGCUUAAGUAUGUCACUGUUUGUCUUUUCAUGCUUACAUGGAUUAAGAUAUUGGACUUGACUUUUCCACAAAACAGUUUUUCUCCUCUUUCUUCCAAGUUUUGACAAAACUUAGUUGCCAUCACUGCCAAGGUUCUUUCCUGCAAGCUCCAUAAACGUUAUCAAAUAUACUGUGAAAAAGGUAAGAAAAUAAACCCAACUUCAUUUUUGAAGAAAGGAGCAGUUGAACAGAACAAUGAAACAAGAAGGGGAGGUGCUAGUUGUUGCUUGUAGACCAAUGGCUGGUAUGUCCCCUGUAUCGGUCAAUUCUCUAACUCAAAGACCCUUUCCAACCCCUUCGCCUUUCACUUUCUCUGUUGCCUCUACAAGGUGGAGCUCCAGGCCUUCCAUUCAUUAUUCCAAUCUAGUUCUUCGAUUCCUGGCACUCAUAUUCUCCUUUGUCUCUGCACUGUCACUGGCUGCUUCAUCGCCAAAGAAGAAAGGUCAACUGCCUUCUAGCUUCACUGGAUACUCAGAGUUGAUGUAUUGUUUCAUUGUGUACACUUUAGUUUUUGUUUACUCCGCUCUCCAACUCUUCAAAGGUGUUUGUGAUAUGGAACACAGAGGCAUGAUCAUCUCUGACUUGAUCUCUGAUUACUUGAGCUUUAUACUUGAUCAGUUGCUGGGAUAUCUUCUAAUCUCAUCUUGUUCAGUAGCAAUAUUGGAUGCUCAACAGAUAAGCAAAACUGCAUUGCUCUGGAAGGUGAUGUCAUUUGCAGCUUUCCUAGUUACUGCUACAUGUACUAUUUUAUCAGGCUACAAGCUUUGUAAGAGAAUCAUAUGGUGAUGUACAUAUUUGGUUCCAAUGCAAAAACCUCCAAGCAAACUCUCUGCCUUGGCAUAUAAAACAGGGCAUAAUGUUUCUCCUUUUUCUGGCAAUGCAUCAUGUACAUGACAUUGAGCAUCUGCUUGAAUUGUAUCUGAUAUAAUUAAUCAAAUCUUUUUCUGUCUUCCUUUCUUUUUUA